CCUAGUGCUGGGCCCCGCGGCCGGCGGCCAGCACGGAGGAGGAGGCGGGCGGCGGCUCAGCGCAGGCCAGUACAGGGCGGCCACGAUGUUUGACAGUUCACAGUACCCCUAUAACUGCUUCAAUGACGACGCUGACGACUACCCUGCCGGCAGCUCCGACGAGGAAAAGCGGCUCACAAGGCCAGCGUACAGCUACAUCGCUCUCAUCGCCAUGGCCAUCCAACAGAGCCCCGCGGGCCGCGUAACCCUGUCCGGCAUCUACGACUUUAUCAUGCGCAAGUUCCCCUAUUACCGCGCCAACCAGCGCGCCUGGCAGAACUCCAUCCGCCACAACCUGUCUCUCAACAGCUGCUUCGUCAAGGUGCCACGGACCGAGGGCCACGACAAGGGCAAAGGCAACUACUGGACGUUCGCGGGUGGCUGCGAGUCCCUCCUGGACCUUUUCGAGAAUGGCAACUUUCGUCGGCGACGCAGGCGACGCGGCCCCAAGCGUGAGGAGGCUCCGGGCCCCCUCGAGCCAACAGCACACGAGUCCCAGGGUCCCGACGGCGCUCAAGUCCCAAAUCACGAGGCCCAGGCCAGCUCUGUGACACACAGAGACAUCAAAUUCAGCAUUGACUACAUCCUAUCUUCCCCGGACCCUUUCCCGGCUCUCAGGUCGUCCUGUCACUCACAGGAAGCCAGGUACCCGGCUCUGGAGCCCCAGCAAGUGAGCUUCCAGUUUUGGGCUGCAUGAGGUGGCCUCUGGGUCUCUGCCCCAGUGGCUGCUGCAGCCAGUUGAGGACUCGAGCCUGGUUCUCCCCUGAAGGCAGAACUUGAACCAUGCAUCUUGAAUCAAGAACCUGGACAUUGCCACAUCUGCAUACUUCUUCCCAGACUGCCCAGGGGGACUCAGCCCUUCAUUUGGAGAGAUCUGGAGACCUUCUUAUAAAAGGUAUUUAUGGUGAUGUUGUGACUUUAUAAAGAAUAAAAACAGUUCUCUCGCAGGCAAA